AUGCACAAACGGGACCUUGUUGCUGGUCUUCCCAGGGUGCUCCCUCCCCUUCCCGACUCCCCUGCUCCUGACUGCAUUCCCUGUGUCGAGGGGCGGCAGCGCGCCGCUCCUCACUCCUCCUCCUUUCCCCCGACGACUGCUCCCUUGCAGACGCUCCACAUGGACGUGUGGGGCCCAGCCCGCGUCCGUGGUCAGGGUCAGGAGAGGUACUUCCUGAUAGUUGUUGACGACUACUCGCGCUACACCACGGUCUUCCCCUUGCGCUCCAAGGGUGACGUCCCUGGUGUUUUGAUCCCCUGGAUCAGCCGAGCCCGUCUCCAGCUAGGCAAGCGCUUUCACUCGGACUUUCCUGUCCUGCGCUUGCACUCUGACAGAGGUGGUGAGUUCGCCUCCGACCUCUUGGCAGCCUACUGUGCUGAGCACGGCAUUGAGCAGUCGUUCACGCUUCCGGCCUCUCCACAGCAGAAUGGGGUCGCUGAGCGCCGCAUUGGCUUGGUCAUGGAGGUCGCUCGUACCUCCCUGACCCAUGCGGCUGCUCCCCACUUUCUGUGGCCGUUUGCGGUCCGGUACGCCGCGCAUCAGCUCAACCUCUGGCCCCGUGUCUCCUUUCCGGAGACUUCCCCGACUCUUCGGUGGACGGGAGAGGUUGGCGAUGCGUCGCGUUUCCGGGUCUGGGGAUCUCGAGCUUUUGUCCGCGACACGUCCGCGGACAAGCUCUCGCGUCGCGCUGUUCCCUGUGUCUUUCUUGGCUUUGUUCCCGACGCGCCUGGAUGGCAGUUUUACCACGUCACCUCGCGCCGGGUUCUGGCCUCUCAGGACGUCACUUUUGACGAGUCCGUCCCCUUCUACCGCCUCUUCCCCUACCGCACUGCCCCGCUCCCCCCCCCGCCUCUCUUCCUCGCUCCAGGUGCUGAGGUACCAGACCCCCUCCCCCCUCAGGGUGCCGCUCCCUCAGGUGUGUCCCAGGUAGACCCGGGUGAGCCUGUCGAGGUAGCUGUUGACUCGCGUCCUGCGUCUGGGGGUGCUGAGCCUGGGAGUGCUGCGUCUGAGGGUGCGGAGCCUGGGGGUGCUGAGCCUGGAGGUGCGGAGCCUGGGGGUGCUGAGCCUGGAGGUGCGGAGCCUGGAGGUGCGGAGCCUGGAGGUGCGGAGCCUGGAGGUACUGAGUCUGGACGUGCUGAGUCUGGGGGUGCUGAGACUGGGGGUGCUGAGUCUGGGGGUGCUGAGCCUGAGCGUGCUCCACCUGGAGGAGCCCUCUCCUCCCAGCAGCUGCAGGAGAGGUACCUCGAGUACUGCCGCCUCCGGAGAGGUGCUUCUGGAGCUCGUCCCGGUACUUCCCCUCCUACCCAGGAGCUCCCUCCCAUUCAGGUGAUCCGCGAGUGGUACACGCGGCGCUGCAGUCUUCGUAGUGGUGCUCCUGGUGCUGCGGACCCGAGCGGUGGUGCUGUUGCUGGUGCUGAGGACCCGGACGCUGGAGCUGCUGCUGGUGCUGAGGACCCGGGGGCUGGAGCUGCUGCUGGUGCUGAGGACCCGGGCGGUGGCGCUGCUGCUGGUGCUGAGGACCUGACCGGUGGCCCUACUGCUGGUGCUGAGGGCCCGGGCGGUGGCGCUGCUGCUGGUGCUGAGGACUCGGGCGUUGGAGCUCCUACUGGUGCUGAGGACCCGGGCGUUGGAGCUGCUGCUGGAGCUGAGGACUCGGGCGUUGGGGCUGCCACUGGUGUCCCUGCUGCUUCUGGAGACGCUGCGCGGCCGCGACCGUACUUCGUACCGCUCCUUCAGCAGGUUCUUGGUCAGGCUCCUCCUCCUAGUCCUCCUCCCUCCGUCGAGUGUCCUCUGCCUGUCCAGCCGCAGUCACAGUUACCGCCUGCCUCGCCUCUCCCUGCUCCCUCUCCUUACGCUGGUCCCACAGGAGGUCUUACAGAGCGUCGUGAGCCUGAGUCUCGUCCUGCGUCGCCUGUUCGUACUGCUCGCACUGGUCGUCGUGUCCUACGUGAGCGUCCUCCUCCUGUCCCUGGCACUCACUACAUGACCCUGCGUCCCUCCACUGCUCCGCAGCGUGUCCCGCUGCCGUCUCCUCCUGCGUCCUCUCUUCCUACUCUUCCUGACCCAGAGUCUGACUCCCGUCGUGCUGCCAGUCCCACUGUUACGCGUCUCCUCGCUACAGUUGUCACUGACCCGACCUUUGAGUCCUCUGCUGCGUCUGCUCUGGUCGCUGAGUUGGUUGACUUUGCUGCUCGCUGUCGCCUAGACUACGCUGCCAGCCUUGUCGCUGAGUCUGAGUCUGCGUCUGCCUGUCCUCCGUCCGUCGGGGGUGAGUGUGCCCUCGGCACGGACGUCCUUGAGGACAGACAGAAGGAGUUCCAGUGCCUUGCUGCUGCUUUGCCCCGUCUCGUGUCCUUGCUAGUUGCCCCUGAGGGAGACCCGGAUGCACCAGACAUCCCGACCCCACGCUCUUACGCUGAGGCGAUGGCGGGUCCCUACUCCUCUCAGUGGCAGACAGCCAUGGACGCAGAGAUGGCUUCCUGGAAGUCCACAGGCACCUACGUAGACGAGGUUCCCCCUCCUGGGGCGAACAUCGUCAGUGGCAUGUGGAUUUUCAGGGUGAAGCGGCCGCCGGGUUCUCCGCCUGUCUUCAAGGCGCGCUACGUGGCUCGAGGCUUCAGUCAGCGAGAGGGAGUAGACUUCUUUCAGACCUUCUCCCCCACCCCGAAGAUGACUACUCUUCGGGUGCUGCUGCACAUAGCCGCUCACCGCGACUACGAGCUUCACUCUCUUGACUUCAGCACUGCUUUCUUGCAGGGCAGCCUGCACGAGGAGAUCUGGCUGCGCCGCCCCCCUGGCUUCACUGGGUCAGUUCCUCCUGGCACCCAGUGGAGGCUUCAGCGGCCGGUCUACGGUCUCCGCCAGGCGCCACGUGAGUGGCACGACACACUGAGGACGACACUUGCGGCUCUUGGGUUCGCUCCCUCUACUGCUGACCCGUCGCUGUUUCUACGCACCGACACCUCGCUGCCGCCGUUCUACAUCCUCGUGUACGUCGACGACUUGGUCUUUGCCACUGCUGACACCGCGGCACUCGCCCACGUAAAGUCGGAGCUGCAGAGGAGACACACGUGCACAGACCUGGGUGAGCUGACGAGCUAUCUUGGCUUGCGGAUCACCCGGGACAGAGCACGGCGCACCAUCACCCUGACUCAGUCACACAUGGUGCAGCAGGUUCUCCAGCGCUUCCGCUUCACGUACUCCUCGCCUCAGUCCACUCCUCUGCCUACCGGUCACUCGCUCUCAGCUCUGCCUUCGGAUGAGUCCGUAGAGCCGAGUGGCCCGUAUCCAGAGCUUGUGGGCUGCCUCAUGUACCUGAUGACCUGCACUCGACCUGACCUUGCAUACCCUCUUAGCAUCCUUGCACGCUAUGUCGCUCCUGGCCGUCACAGGAAGGAGCACAUGGAUGCCGCUAAGAGGGUGUUGCGCUACUUGUGCAGUACGUCGGGCAUGGGGCUUGUGCUUGGAGGGCGAGACCGAGUUGUUCUCACAGGGCACUCAGACGCUUCUUGGGCAGACGACCAGGCCACUCAGCGGUCGUCUCAGGGUUACACCUUCAGCCUUGGCUCUGGCUCACCAUGGCUGCCCAGGAGCUACGCUGGCUGA